AUGAGCGUUCUCUCCGACUUUCCGUUCCCGUCGUCAUUGACCAACCUCAUUCUGGAAUUCGGCAGCAGUCAGACAAACACCUUCGACCCCAGUCUGCUGUUGAGGCAGUGUCCGCUUCUGGAGGAUCUCCUCAUCGCCAGAUGGGAGGGCUGGUAUGUCGAUGGACCCUGGAUCCCACGAGACCACGACCGUCAACAGACUUUUCCGCUGAAGGGAAUCGCCCUCAUUUAUCCAGUCUUUCGCCAGUCCGACCUAGAGGAUCUCUUGCGAUUCACUCCCAACCUCGUCGAGCUGAAACUGGCAGGGGUCAUGGAAGACGACCAGUCAUUCGAAAUAAGCAGGCCCACUGGAAGGAUCCAGUACAACCGGCAACGAUUUUGUGAGCUCGUGCGAUCUCUCCCCAUCAAACUCGACUCUUUUCUCUUUUCCUUCUUGUCGCCAUCUUUGCAGAGCGACGACGGCACCCAGAGUAUUGUGACAGAGCUCUGUCCCAAUUCACAUGAGUGGUGCCUCUGGACUCCGGACACGACACCCGCCUUGCUAAAGUCCCUCGAGUCGCUACCGAACGUCAUCACCAACCUGGAACUGUGUUGGAAUUACCUUGAGGAUUCAGGAAGUCAGCCCUGUGGUCAAGAUUCAGAGGUCAACGUGCCACGGCUCCUUCACCAAUACCUAUGCACCUCCCCACACUUGCUCAGGCUGAAGUCUCUGCAGGCAGCAUAUCCUCUCCGUGGCAUGGAUCUGCAUCGGCGAGUAGGGUUCAGCUGGCUCACACCCAACACCGAGUUUUCUUGGACGGCGAUCGAGGACAAGAAGCACAUUCAACCCGGGAUAUGGGCAUGUCGCAAGCUGAAAAAGGUUGAGCUCGUUGUGCACGAUCACGAAGGCAGUCAGAUAUCGACACCGGUAUCGUCCAGGAUCAUUUUCGGCUACCUCUCGACGGUGUGUCCCGAGUUAGAGUUUGUGGAUCUUCGAGUGCCCAGGGUCUGCAGAAAGAAUCCCGAGUCGCCAUUGUACCAGCCUGUGAUCUUCAAGCGACUUGACGGAGGAAUGUGUUUCAUGACGCGAUUAAAGAAGCUGAAACUUCUCAAGAUUUGCACCGAGGCCUGGACUGCGGAUUUCGAGUGCGGGGAUAUCGACCUUAACUGGCUACUCCCUGGUGGACGUGACGCAGAGGAAAAGCAACGGCGCAGGGAAAAGAUGGAGGAGUGGCAUGACUGGCUGGAUGAGGAGAGGCAAUUGGAGGCGGAGCGACUGGCGUUUGGUACAGGGAAUGCACCAAUGCUAAAGAGUGCAGACCCGUCGGUCCCGUUCGACACCAAGGUCCAUAACCAACUCAAAGACCUUGGACUGCUGUCAGAGGUCAAGUCGGUGAUCGAAGAGAUGGACAGGGAUGACGGACCAGAGUACUUGACCCAGUUUGCCGAGCUCUCUUUUGGCUUGCAUCUGGGUCAGCGAGCAGAGACAAUCAUGAACCGCGUCUUUCCAGACCGACGUCGAUCGUAG